ACUCAUCUGACCGCUCAGGCUGGUUGGAGUGGGCGGAGCUAUCGACUUUAAGGGAAGGCUCGAGGCUCGAAGUUAUGUGUUUAUUAGAAAAACUCCAGUUCGUGGGAAGUACGCCGGUGUUCGUUAUCUUUUCACUUCUCAACUUCGGACAACUCGUUUUGUUUUAGAGGCCAUGUCGGUUGUGGAGAAGAAUGGUAGAGCAGACGGAGAAGACCAUGUGGAUGCCAAGAAGAUCGACUCCACAGAGGUGACUGCUCGCAGUGAAACUGUUCGUGCCAAAGGCUACACAGAAGCUGAUUCAGAUGCAUACCGUAUGGAUUACCCCAACCUUGGGAAAUGUGUCAUCAUCAACAACAAGAAUUUUACCAAAAGUACAGGCAUGACAGAGCGCAAUGGAACAGAUGUUGAUGCUGCAAAAAUACUGCAAGUCUUCCAAAAGCUGGGCUUCAAAACUAUGAUCCAAAAUGACCAGAGUGUUUCACAGAUGAAGCAGCUUUUAAAAUCAGUGUCCCAAGAGGACCACAGCAAGUCGGCCAUGUUUGUGUGUGUGAUCCUAAGCCAUGGGGAUGAAGGAGUUAUCUAUGGCACUGAUGACUCCAUAGAGCUGAAAGAGCUGUCUGGAUUCUUCCGAGGAGAUCGGUGUCUCUCACUAGUUGGCAAACCUAAACUCUUUAUCAUUCAGGCUUGUCGUGGAACAGAUUUGGAUCCUGGCAUUGAGACCGAUAGUGUUAGUGAUUCAGAGGGCACACACAGGAUUCCUGUUGAAGCAGACUUCUUGUACGCGUACUCUACUGCUCCAGGUUAUUAUGCUUGGAGAAACACAGCCAAUGGAUCUUGGUUCAUAUCCAGUCUGUGUGAAUUGCUGACUAAGUAUGGCAGAGAGCUGGAGAUUAUGCAGCUUAUGACACGCGUCAACCGCAAGGUGGCGUUAGAGUUCCAGUCUUGCUCCACCAUUCCUGGUUUCAGUGACAAGAAACAAAUACCAUGCAUUGUGUCUAUGUUGACCAAAGACUUGUACUUUCCAAAGUGAUCAUUUGAAUUAAAAUCAGUCAAAUUUAGUUUAGUAUAGUAUAGUAUGGUAUAGUUUUUUUAUAGCGUAAUGUGGUUGUAUGAAACACUACACAGAAAUCCGCUGCAUCAGAAUAUAAUAACAAUAGUAUAUAUUUUUACAAGUACAUUUUUGCAUAUUUUCAUGCAGUAAUUUUUUUUUUUUACUUUGUCCUGUACCAUGUAACAUGGCAUACAUUAACAACAGAGAUGUUUACUUUGGCCAUACCGGCAUGAUGGACUAAAACUUUGGUUUAACGGGUAUUAACCUUUACACGAAUAAACUGGAUAUUCAUGUUUAGCUCAUUGUUGGAUAGCAGCAUUCAUUUCCCCACAAUGCAAACCGUAUAUGAACUGCCAGAGAAAUUCCUGCUGUCUUCAUCUGUUUUCUGUGUUUUCUUAAAUAAAUCUCUGAUCAAAUUA